CUCAAUUAAUUAAAUAUAAAAAAUGAAAUAAUUGAAAGAAAAAAAAGGGGUUCGUGCGUCACUGUGACUUAACCUAUUUAAGGCCUUGUUUGGUUGGCGCGUAUAUAUAAGGAAGAUGACAAGCGAUGACCAAUCCGAUCGCUACAGCUCAUUGACCGGACAGUUGCGUUGUGUCAGGCUGUUGUUCUGUUUCAACACACCCCAUUCUGACUCUUCUUCUUGACUUCUUCCACUCUCAGGGGCUUCGUUUCUCAUUCCCCACCCUUCCCUUUCUUCAGUUACCAUCUAUAGCUACAUCCGUGUCACGCUCUGUACAGUUGUCAGCUCAGCCUUUCUAGGUCUGCUUCAAAAUUUAUAAUUUUACUGGAAAACAAAGGACACAUCACAAUGAAGGCAUUGAUUCUGGUUGGAGGGUUCGGAACAAGGUUGAGGCCAUUGACACUCAGUGUUCCCAAGCCUCUUGUUGAUUUUGCUAACAAACCUAUGAUUCUACACCAGAUAGAGGCUCUUAAGGACAUUGGAGUUACUGAAGUGGUGUUGGCUAUCAAUUACCAACCAGAGGUGAUGUUGAAUUUCUUGAAGGAUUUUGAGGAAAAGCUCGACAUCAAAAUCACUUGCUCUCAAGAAACUGAACCAUUGGGGACCGCAGGUCCCUUGGCUCUAGCCAGAGAUAAGCUGAUAGAUGGUUCUGGUGAGCCUUUUUUUGUUCUCAACAGUGAUGUUAUCAGUGAGUAUCCGCUUAAAGAAAUGAUAAAAUUCCACAAAUCCCAUGGAGGAGAGGCUUCCAUAAUGGUGACAAAGGUUGACGAGCCAUCAAAAUAUGGUGUAGUUGUGAUGGAAGAGACCACUGGCGAGGUUGAGAAAUUUGUGGAGAAACCAAAGUUAUUUGUUGGUAACAAAAUCAAUGCUGGAAUAUACCUAUUGAACCCCUCAGUUUUGGAUCAUAUUGAACUGAGACCCACUUCUAUCGAGAAAGAGGUUUUUCCAAAGAUUGCAGCAAACAAAAAGCUAUAUGCAAUGGUUCUGCCAGGAUUCUGGAUGGACAUUGGACAACCCAGGGACUAUAUCACAGGCCUGAGACUCUACCUGGACUCACUGAGGAAAAACACUUCUUCCAAGUUGGCCAGUGGCCCUCACAUUUUGGGGAAUGUAAUUGUGCAUGAGACAGCCAAAAUUGGCGAGGGAUGUCUCAUUGGACCUGAUGUAGCAAUUGGUCCUGCCUGCAUUAUUGAGUCUGGUGUCAGGCUUUCAAGCUGCACUGUAAUGCGAGGAGUCCGGAUUAAGAAGCAUGCUUGCAUAUCCAGCAGCAUCAUUGGGUGGCAUUCCACUGUGGGGCAAUGGGCUCGUGUGGAGAAUAUGACUAUCCUUGGAGAAGAUGUCCAUGUGUGUGAUGAAGUUUACAGCAAUGGUGGUGUGGUUUUACCCCACAAGGAAAUCAAAACAAGCAUUUUGAAUCCAGAGAUAGUCAUGUGAGGCUUCUGCCUUCCAAAUUCUUAGCAUGUCAUGCGCUUAGGAGGUAGUAAGUUCUUGAGUCUGAAAUGAAAUAUGUUCGUUUCAUACUAUUUCCUUUUAUUGUUAAUCACAAUGCUCCUUCCUGCAUAUUGUACAAGUCAGUUUCGUAUAGAAUGAGUGUUGCCAUAAUUUAUACUUGAAAGGUCAGUGUCUAUGUGAGGGGCAUAAGUUUGGCAUUUUGUUCAAAAGUUGUGUUACUUUUGGUGUUAUGUACAGAAGUUUUUCAAAUUA